UGAUAUGCGUCACUAAACACUGAAUAUUUUGCUGUAAAACUUGUACGUACAUGGGUUAGAAAACCUAGCACUAUACAAGCCUACCUGGGAGCAAAAUCCCUGGCCAGAAAAAGGAAGAGACUUUGGUAGUGAGAAUGCAGUGGAUGGUAUGUACACUGAUCGGGGAGCAGUUGGAGGUCAGUGUACAAUAUCUGGGGAUGUAAAAUACACUGCUACAUGGAGAGUAGACCUUGGAAGAGUUGUCAGCAUCAAUCACAUAGACAUCUACUACAGGACGGAUAACCGAAAUUUUAGUCAAUAUUUAGAUAGAAUGGCCGGCUUUUUUGUCUAUGUUUCCAACACAACUUCUAAAGACGAUGGUUAUCUCUGUUAUCACGAUGAAUCAACCGACCAAAACAUGGUGUCAUUAGACCAGCACAUUAACUGCACUCUACAAGGACGAUACGUUAUAUACUACAAUGAACGUAGACCGGGUGCUGUGUAUCCUAGCUUCUAUUCAAAAUAUGCUUAUAAUGAACUCUGUGAGGUAGAGGUCUAUGGGUGUAAUGGAACAUAUGGAGACGAUUGCAUUUAUCCAUGCCCAAAAAACUGCCAAGACAGGAGUUGCGAUACCAAUACAGGCCACUGUUUAAGUUGUUCCUCGGGAUAUAAGGGUUUAGAAUGUCACAUUGUUUGUAACAACAAUACCUACGGACCAGCAUGUGCUUUAAAAUGUGGUAACUGCAGCAAUGGAGAGACGUGUCACCAUAUCAACGGUACUUGUCUUCACGGAUGUGCUGAAGGGGCACUAGGAGAUACCUGCCAGGAAGGAUGCCAAUCAGGAUAUUAUGGAAGGAAUUGCAGUCACCGUUGUAGUGAAAACUGCAUUGUUACCAGUCAAUGUGACAGAUUUACAGGACAAUGUGACGGUGGUUGUAAACCAGGAUGGACAGGAAGCACAUGUAAUCAAAUUAGAGCUACUAACACACAACCUAGUUCAUGCACAGAGAGCUACACCAUUGUAAUCGUCGUGGUAUCAGUUCUGAUUGUUGUCACAGGAAGUCUGAUAAAUUUUGUCAUCUGGAAAAGAAAUGUUGCAAAACUUUCCAGAAUGAGCCGUGAAAAUAUGCCGCAACCUACAUAUAAAACAGAGGACAAAGAGCAUCAAUACACAGAGCUUGAAGAGGUUGACAAAUCCAAGACAUAUGAAGAAAUCCAUAGGUAUUCCAACUGAAACCAUCACUGUCUACUAGUACCAAAUAUCCUGGAAAAGAUUUUCAACAAAAAACUACAUAUACAAAGCAACAAAUGCCACAAAAUUCAAGUUUGGAACAAUUUUAGUGCCGUAUGUUGCACUGUAGGGCAGAAUAUCAUGAUUCUCUACAACUGAUUUUUUUUCACUUCGGCUGUGCUGUUUAGCAUAUGCACAACAUUAACCAUACCAUCGUCCUGAGAAUUUGGUGUAAAUUGUAGAUUUAACUGCAGUAUUUGCAAAAUGUGAAUGUGGCCACAUUUGACCACCUCUUUGAAACUUUUAGAACUGAGAUAUAUUGCCAACAUCUGCCUUCCUGCAAAAUUUCUAAAUGUUGUAUUAUAAACAUUUUCCAAAAAAAUGCUAAAAAAACCCACAAAACUCUCUA